GCCACUCUCUCUCUCUCUCUCUCUCAGCUUCUUUCUUUUUUGUUUAUUUUCGUUUUUUUUAAUGGUGUUAUUUGGGUUGUUGAGCUUUGCCGGAAAAUCGUAUAGGGGACAAUUUUCUCGGUAGCCAAACAGCGGACGCGACUCAAAUGUGAUGGGAAGUGGAGUCUCCACCCUCUCCGCCUGCUUCCGGCCGGUUCACCGGACCAACCACCACCACCCGGACCACAACGACGUUGUCUUCGCGGCGUCCGAGCCCCUGGACGAAACCCUAGGCCACUCUUUCUGCUACGUCCGCUCCUCAGCUCGCUUUCUCUCUCCUACUCAGUCGGAUCGCUUCAUUUCCCCUUCCAACUCCCUCCGCUUCUCGCCCCCUCACGAAUCCGGCUCCAGAACCCGACCCGGAUUGCACGAAACCGGGUUCAAAGCCAUCUCCGGGGCUUCCGUCAGUGCCAAUAGCGCCACUCCUAGGACUGUCCUCCAGCUUGACAAUAUUUACGACGAUGCAACUGAGAGUGUUCUCGGCGGAUGCGGCGGUGGCGUCCGGGGGAGUAUAGUCAAUGGUUUCGAGAGUACGUCGUCGUUUAGCGCCUUGCCUCUUCAGCCCGUGCCACGUGGCGGUGAGCGAGAUCCCUCGGGUCCAAUGGAGCGGGCGGGCUUCUUCCUCUCUGGCCCGAUAGAACGCGGCGCCCUCUCCGGUCCCCUCGACCCAAACCCGAACGCCAACCCGGCCGGGCCAGACGGGCGGGUUCACUUCUCGGCGCCACUCGGUGGCCCUUACGUGAAGAAGAGGCGGAAGAAGGGCAUUUCGGGGAUUGGGAAGGCGCUGUAUCGGAAUUUCUCGGAGAAGAAGCAGCGCCCCUGGGUUGUUCCGGUGCUCAAUUUCGUUGGUCGGAAGGAGGGUCCACCGUCAAUCGGAGAGGAGCCUGAGCCCAAGAGCGAGAGCAAUGUCCAGUGGGCUCUUGGCAAAGCCGGGGAGGAUCGUGUACAUGUGGUUGUAUCGGAAGAGCAGGGGUGGCUGUUUGUUGGGAUUUACGAUGGGUUUAAUGGCCCUGAUGCUCCGGAAUUUCUGAUGGGUAAUCUUUACCGUGCAUUUUACAAUGAGCUUCAGGGUUUGUUUUGGGAGGUUGGUGACGAUGAUCAAGCCCCAGAAGCCGCUGAAGAAGCCAAUAACAGUAACCCACCACCAAAUGUAGCUUCAGAGACUGAUGUAGUUGUAGAGGGCAAAACUGAAAACGAGUCGAAUUCAGAUUCGAAACCCUUGCCGGAAGCUGAUCGGGAAAAGAGAGUGACUUUUCAAUCCGACGGUGUUAGAAGGCGGCGGCUUUGGGAAUUGCUGGCUGAGGCUGAGGCUGAAGAGGGGCUUGACCUUUCGGGUUCCGAGAGGUUUGCAUUUUCUGUUGAUGACGCAGUUACAGUGAGCAAUGAGGGUUCGGGUUCUGCUGUUAGUAGGCGGUGGCUUUUGCUGUCAAAAUUGAAACAAGGCUUGACUAAGCACAAGGAGGGUCAGGGUCAUAGUAGAACGUUGUUUCCAUGGCGGUUUGGUUUGGAGGAGAAAGAGAAGGUUGAGGUUGAGAAUAGAGUGGAGGAGAGGUCUGCUCCAACUGGCAGGAAGAGGAAGGAGGGACCGGUGGAUCAUGAGUUAGUGUUGAGUGCAUUGUCAAGGGCUUUACAUGCGACGGAGGAAGCGUAUUUGGAGAUGACCGAUAAGGUUCAUGAUACGAAUCCGGAACUUGCAUUGAUGGGGUCAUGCUUGUUGGUUGUGCUAAUGAGGGAUGAGGAUGUGUAUGUGAUGAAUUUGGGGGAUAGUCGGGCCAUUGUAGCACAUUAUGAGCCGGAGGAAGGUGAUUCAAGCAGUGCUUUGACAGGGUACAAGGACAAUGGGUUGAACACUGAGGAUAUAACUGAGUCGUCCUCAGCUGUGGCCAAUGAGGCUCCUACUCAAGCAAUGCAAUUGACUGCAUUGCAACUGUCCACUGAUCACAGCACGAGCAUUGAAGAAGAAGUAACAAGAAUAAAAAAUGAACAUCCAGAUGACAAACAUUGUAUUGUCAAUGAUAGAGUGAAAGGUCGGCUUAAAGUUACCAGAGCGUUUGGGGCUGGAUUUCUGAAACAGCCCAAGUGGAAUGACACGUUAUUGGAAAUGUUUCGAAAUGAGUACAUUGGCACUGCACCAUACAUAUCAUGUUUGCCUUCUCUUCGCCACCAUAGACUCUGCCCUAGUGAUCAGUUCUUAAUCCUGUCAUCAGACGGUUUGUAUCAGUAUUUUAGCAAUCAGGAAGUAGUUUCCCAUGUUGAGAAUUUUAUGGAGAAGUUUCCAGAUGGAGACCCUGCACAACACCUGAUAGAGGAGCUUCUUUUCCGUGCUGCAAAAAAAGCUGGAAUGGAUUUCCAUGAAUUACUGGACAUCCCGCAAGGAGCUCGCAGGAAGUAUCAUGACGACGUGACCGUUAUGGUUAUAUCACUUGAAGGAAGAAUCUGGAAGUCAUCGGGAAAGUACCUUUGAAACUUUAUACGCAAGCAAUAUUCUCUCUAAAACAGGUGAUAUUGCAAUUUCGGUUUUCGGCUAGGGAUGUUGUGCAAGCAGUAGGGAAAAGCUUUGCUGCUGACAGUUGCAUGGGUCCAUUAGGGUUUUCUAUUCGCUCACAGCAUAAGCAUACAACUAGUUAGGGAUGGGAAAAGGCUGAUGUUAGAUAUCACCAAAUACUUAAUAGGGGGGAAAGUCAGACGGAGUUGUUGGGAACUGCUCUUUUGUU